AUGGGAAGCCUCGGUCCCGACAGCAAAUCUCGCUGUGCGAGUGAGCCCAUUGCCAUCAUUGGCAUGAGCUCCAAGUUUUCUGGAGAUGCAACGAAUACGGACAAGCUGUGGCAGAUGCUGGCCGAGGGGAGAAGCGGGUGGACAGAGUUCCCGGCCUCAAGAUUCAGAUCGGAAGGAGUCUACCAUCCGAACAACGAGAGACUGAACACGACACACGUCAAAGGCGCACACUUUCUGCAAGAAGAUGUUGGCUUGUUUGAUGCAGCAUUCUUCAGCUACUCUAGCGAGACUGCCUCGUCCUUGGAUCCUCAAUAUCGGCUACAGUUAGAAUCUGCCUAUGAAGCCUUGGAAAACGCCGGUAUUUCCCUUGCACAAAUAGCGGGUUCCAACACCUCCGUAUUCACCGGUGUCUUUGUACAUGACUACAGAGAUGCACUGCUGCGCGACGCCGAUAACCUGCCAAGGCUCAUGGCCACAGGUACUGGCGUGCCCAUGAUGAGCAACCGCAUCUCUCACUUCUUCGAUCUCCGCGGCGCGAGCAUGACGAUAGAAACCGCCUGCUCUUCCGGAAUGGUGGCCACACAUCAAGGGAUCCAAAGUCUGAGAACAGGCGAAGCCGACAUGUCCAUUGUUGGGGGUGCCAACCUCACUCUGAACCCGGACAUGUUCAAGGCUCUGGGGUCUGCGGGUUUUCUUUCUGCAGAUGGAAAGUCUUACGCAUUUGAUUCGCGUGCCAGCGGCUACGGCCGUGGCGAGGGCGUGGCAACGAUUGUAUUGAAGCGCUUGUCAGACGCACUCGCUGCUGGCGAUCCGAUCCGUGCUGUCAUCAGAUCCUCUGCCCUUAACCAAGACGGCAAAACAGAGACCAUUACGACACCCAGUCUGGAAGCCCAGAUUGACCUGAUCCGCCAGUGUUACGACAGAGCUGGACUCGACCCUCGGGACACUCAGUACUUUGAGGCGCACGGCACUGGCACACAGGCUGGAGAUACCGUCGAGGCACGCGCCAUUGCGACUGUCUUCUCCUCCAACCGAGACCCUCUCCUCAUUGGAUCUAUCAAGACAAACAUCGGCCAUACUGAAGCGGCCAGCGGCUUGGCGAGCAUCAUCAAGACGGCCCUGGCCCUGGAAAAGGGGGUGAUUCCAGCAUCGAUCAAUUUCGAAAAGCCCAACCCGAAACUCUCCUUGGACGACUGGCAUCUUAAGCUGGUAAGACAGCUGCAGGAAUGGCCGGCUGCGAGCACUCGCCGUGCCUCCAUCAACAACUUUGGUUACGGAGGCGCCAACGCGCACAUCAUCAUCGAAGACGGGGCAUCAUGGACUCCAUCUCUUUUGCGACACAGCCAGGAGGAUACGCCUCAGACGGAAGCAGACGGCACUGACUCCAGAGUUCUCAUCCUGAGUGGCAAAGACGAGCAGGCAUGCAGGAAUAUGAUUUCCAACCUCGCCGACUACCUCCAACGGGUCGCAUCGGCCGAGGAUGAACCAGCAAGGCUGCUCGACAGCCUUGCGUAUACCCUAGGGCAGCGCCGUACGCGGUUCCCCUGGGUAGCUGCGCACCCCAUUCCUGUCACAGAGGGUAUUGAGGCUGUUGUGAGCAGUCUCCAGUCACCCAAGUUCAAGCCCUACCGCAGCUCACGUCAACCCAGAAUCGGUAUGGUGUUUACCGGGCAGGGUGCUCAGUGGUGGGCAAUGGGGAGGGAGCUCUGCGAUGCCUACCCUGUGUACAAGGCCUCCCUCGACGAGGCCGAUGCGUACAUCAGGCAGUUUGGGGCGGAUUGGUCCCUCGUGGAAGAGCUCUCGCGUGAUGCUGCUUCAUCCCGAAUCAACGAGUCUGGCCUCAGCACUCCGAUUUGUGUUGCUGUACAGAUCUCGCUCGUCCGUCUCUUGGAGUCUUGGGGUGUUGUUCCUGCCGCUGUCACGAGUCACUCGAGCGGAGAGAUUGCUGCAGCCUACACAGUCGGAGCACUCAGCUACAAGGAUGCCAUGGCAUAUGCGUACCACCGUGCUGUACUGGCUGCGGAUACGAGCCUUCGAGGCCCAGUGAAAGGCGGCAUGGUCGCCAUUGGACUUGGCCGAGAAGAGACGGAGGCGUAUCUGAGCAGGCUGACGACCAGUGGUAAAGCCAUGGUCGCCUGCGUCAACAGUCCCUCUAGCACAACAGUGUCCGGAGACUUCAGUGCCGUAAAGGAACUGGAGGAACUGGCCAAUGCCGAUGGCGUCUUCGCUCGUCUGCUCAAGGUAGAGACAGCCUGGCACUCGCAUCACAUGACGGCAAUUGCAAACGUCUAUGUCGAGGCCCUCGACAGCAUCAAAAGAAAAAGCAGCCGCAAUGAUUCACCGAUUGCGUACUCAUCGCCCGUCACUGGUGGCCGGGUGGUCAAUAUCGAGGAAGUAGCACGCCCAGAGCACUGGGUAAAGAGCUUGGUACAGCCCGUCCAGUUUGUGGACGCCUUCACCGACAUGCUGCUCGGCGAGCCGAAGAGUGCUACUUCCAACAUCGAUGUCGUCGUCGAGGUUGGCCCUCACACAGCUCUGGGCGGACCCAUUCAGCAAAUUCUUGGCUUGCCUGCGUUCAAGGGGCUGCAGAUUCCAUACUACGGCUGCCUCGUCCGCAAAACAGAUGCAAGGGACACAAUGCAAGCCCUUGCAGCUAACCUACUGCAGCAAGGCUAUCCAGUUGAUUUGGACGCCGUCAACUUUCCCCGUGGCAGAGGCCCCCGAGUCAAGGUCCUUACCGGGCUUCCUUCAUACCCCUGGAACCAUCAAAUCAAGCACUGGGUCGAGCCCAGAUUCAACAAGGCGCUUCGGGAACGAUCUUUGCCUCCCCAUCACCUCCUGGGCUCGCUUGUUGAGGGGACAAAUCUGGAAAGCCCGACGUGGCGGCACACGCUCCGGAUAUCCGAAUCACCUUGGACUCGAGAUCAUGCUAUCCAGUCAAAUGUGGUCUAUCCUGCCGCGGGCUACAUCUGUUUGGCUAUUGAGGCGACCAAGCAGCUUCAGAUCUUGAGCAAUACCAAGGCAAGCCCCAAGGAGGUAUCAGGAUACCGACUACGCGACGUCGACUUUUUACAAGCCCUGAUGAUACCGGAUACCUCGGACGGUGUCGAGAUCCAGACGAGUCUACGUCCCGUGAGUGAUAGAGAUGUUGCACUGCAGGGUUGGAAGCACUUCGAGGUCUGGUCUGUUACAGGGGACAACCGAUGGACUCAGCACGCCAAGGGUCUCAUCUCGAUUGAGUUUGAAGCAUCCGCGCAAGCCUCUGAGGCAAAAGUUGGCGACUUCAGCAUCAAAGGGUAUAAGAGACAGAUCCCUCCCGCUGAACUAUUCGCCAACCUCAAAGCCCUCGGUAUCGGCCACGGCCCGAUGUUCCAAAACAUGAGACAUAUUGUACAAUCGGGCUCAGACAGACGCAGCGUGGUUCUCACGGCUGUGCCAGACACAUCAGUACCAAACGAUCUUCCCCGCGAGCAUGUUCUGCAUCCUGUCACUCUCGACUCGUUCAUCACGUCGCCUUAUUCAGCCGUCCCAGGAGCUGCCAGCCGCGAGACUGCCGCCAAAGUGCCGAGGUCGGUCAAGAGCUUUUGGGUAUCAAGCAGGAUAAGUCACGCCCCUGAGCAUGUCUUCAAGGCGCACUCUCACAUCAUCCGCGACGACAAGCACGGAAUGGAGGCCGAUGUAAUUGUCGCAAAUGAUGGGCUCGACGACAACGCCGUGCUGCUGGAGAUGAAGGGUUUUUCGUACCAGUCUCUGGGGCGCAGCGUGUCUCUCCAACAUGCAGAGCCUUGGGAGAACCAGUUGUGUAGCAGCAUUCAUUGGCGUCCCGAUAUCUCCAUCAAGCUCCCAGCCACAGUGUCUUUGGUGAAGAAGGAACUCUCUCGCCAUGUCGACCCAGCUGAAGCUGAGGCAGCAGAGAUCUCGAGUCUGUGCAUUUAUUUUAUGCAGAAGGCACUCGCCAGCCUAUCCGAUAACGACGUCUCCCUCAAGGAAUCUCAUUACUCAAAGUACUACGCGUGGAUGAAGGCAGUCGUCCAACAGGCCGCUUCUGCUGCCAUGGAUGAGAGUGAGAUUGACCGGAUAGCCAAGUCACGGGCGGAUGGCGAGAUGAUACGUCUCGUAGGUAGUCAACUAGUGUCCAUCCUACGGGGAGAGUUGACACCGACCGAGGUCAUGGAACAAGACAAGAAUCUGGUCUCCAAGUUCUACAACGAGACGCCCAGGGCAAAGCGGACGAGCUCGCAGCUCUCCGGUCUGCUCCACCAUCUGGUCCACAAGAAUCCUCGGGCACGCAUCCUCGAGAUUGGCGCAAGCACCGGCGGCGUCACCGGCUCUGCCCUCGGGGUCUUGGGCACUGCCGCGUCGGGCGGCCCUCACGCCUCUUUGUACCAUUACACGGAUAUUUCAGAUCGCGGUUUUGAUGCAGCACGUGAGAGUUUUGCCUCCUGGGCUGACAUCUUGGCUUUUGAUGUGCUCGAUAUCGAGCGUGACCCAGCUGACCAGGGCUUCACCGUCGGAUCCUACGAUGUUGUGAUUGCUUCUCACGCCAUUUCAACUACGACCACAGCUAUCUCUAGUACCCUGGGCAACAUCAAAAGCCUCGUCAAACCGGGAGGAACUUUGUUACUGACAGAGAAUGUCAGGCCGAGUAUUGACUUACAGUUCGUCAAGGGGCUAUUUCCCAGCUGGUGGUCUGGUCAACGACACUCUGAACAAAAUGUUGAGUCAAGUCCAUUGCUCAGCGUCUCACUCUGGGACCGCUCUCUACAGGAAUCUGGAUUCACCGGCAUUGAUGUUGAGCUACACGACUCAGACAAUGUCGACAGAUUCGUGUCGGCCACCAUCAUGUCGACGCUGUCACAGCAGCCAGCAGGCCAGAGUGGCAUAGAUGUUGCCAAGGUCGUGAUUGUUACAAGUGAAAAAGCCGGCAAUCCUCCGUCUGAAUGGCUCAAGAGUCUACAGAACUCCAUUGCCUCCUCUUUCACGGAUGUGGCGGGUGCAGAAGGCAAGGCGAUCCCAAGCGUACAAAGCAUUGAGUCAACCGCAGCUACGGCAGCCUGGUAUGCUGAUAAAAUUUGCAUCUUUAUUGGAGAGAUGAAUGAACCUAUUCUGCACAACCUUGACGCAGCGUCACUGAAGGGCAUAAAGGCCAUGAGCACGGGGUGCAAGGGGCUCAUCUGGGUGACUCGCGGUGGUGCUGUCGACUGCGAACGCCCUGAAGUCAGCCUUGCAACUGGAUUUGUGCGAACUCUCCGCAACGAAUACGUUGGUCGUAAGUUUUUGACUUUGGAUUUGGAUCCCAAAGGUCCGCUAUGGAAUGAGUCUGGACAUGAAGCCAUCGCACAAGUGCUGCAAACCGCCUUCGGUCAGCAGCUGCCCGGACACGGCUCCGUACCAGAGAAAGGGCCCGCAGAACUCGAAUAUGCCGAAAGAGACAGCGUUAUCCUCAUCCCUAGAGUUUACCAUGAUGUGGCCAAGGACGAUGCGCUUACACCGAGUACCCUAGAAUUCGAGGAGGAUACACAGGGAAUCACAACCGUGGAGCCCUUUUAUCAGCAACAUCGUCCACUGUCCUUUCGAUCAGAGCUCCUUGUCUUCGGUGACGAUCGGAGCGCGGCCAUCUACAAGGACUCGCUCCCACCACGUUUGGUAGAGGUGAUGCCGAGAGCUUAUGGUGCUGAGUUGCACCCUACAGACAGAACCAUCACAGGCCACGAGUGUUCCGGCAUAAUCACCAGGGUCGGAAGCGAAGCGUCCAAGCACGGAUUCUCCAUUGGCGACCGGGUCAUCUGCCUCUUGCAGCAGUCAUCGUUCCCGAGCCGGGCCAUCGUUGACUGGACGUCUGUCGUCCACAUGCCGACUCGCUUGAGCUUCCAGGAGGCAGCAUCCCUUCCCGCUGCAUUUCUCGUUGCCUACUUUUCUCUCGUCAAGACAGCAAAACUCGAGAGUACUCAGACCAUUCUUAUUCACGCUGGUGCCGGAAGUAUAGGACAGGCAGCCAUCAUGGUCGCAAAGCAUAUCGGCGCCACAGUAUUCACGACAGUCGCCACCCCCGAACAGCGAGAUCUCCUUGUCAAAGAACACGGCAUACCUUCUCAUCACAUCUUUGACAGCAACAGCCCUUCAUUCGGAGUAGCCAUCACGGCUGCCACUAACGGGCGAGGUGUCGACGUCGUUCUCAAUUCGCUGACAGGCCCUCUACUGCAACCGAGCUUCAACCUUGUAGCGCCCCUGGGCCACUUCAUCGAAGUCGGCAAGAAAGACUCGCUGGCAAACAGCAACCUCGAGAUGCUGCCGUUCACCCGCGGCGUGUCAUUUUCAGCAGUUGACGUCCCAAGCUUGUUGCAAUAUCGGGACAGUGAUGUGCACCGCUGUCUGGAAGAAGUCGCGCGUCUUCUCGAGCUCGAAGCUCUUUCACCUGUCUCUCCCAUUAUCGAGCACAGCAUUCGUGACAUUGCGCAAGUUUCUCGACUUCUGCAGGCGGAAGACGACACAGGCAAGAGAGUCUUGACGGUUGAGCAGGGCGACAUGGUAUUUGUUCUACCUCGUAUCCCAACAGCCGCAAAGCUCUCUGCAGAAGCAUCAUACUUGAUCGUAGGCGGCAAUGGCGGCCUGGGACAGGCUGUGGCUCAAUGGAUGGUAUCUCGUGGAGCCAAGAGCCUCGUUUUGCUGUCUCGAAGUGCUGGCCAGAGCCCUAAGAUGAAGAUGCUCGCAGAGGAGCUCCGCGAAGCAGGAUGUCAUCGCGUCUUGCCGGUGAGUUGCGACGUUGCCAGGGAGGACGAUUUGGCACGGGCCAUGGAUACCUGUGCGCAUGAGGGUCUCCCUCCAAUCAGGGGAGUGGUUCAUGCUGCCUUUGUUCUUCAUGACUCGUUCGUCGAAAACAUGACACUUGAUGACUACAAGUACACAAUCCAAAGCAAGGUCUCGGGCGCCUGGAACCUUCACAACCAGUUCAACUUGCCCGGCGACCUCGACUUCUUCGUUCUCUUCUCCUCCAUCAACGGCAUCCUAGGCUACGCCAGCCAAGCCGCCUACUCCGCCGCCGGUGCCUACGAAGACGCCCUGGCUCACUGGCGCGUCAAGCAACAGGGCCUGCCCGCCGUGUCCAUCGACCUCUCGCUCGUCGACGGCGUCGGCUACGUUGCCGAGGCGAGCGCAGCCGAGGCGAUGCGCAAGUCCCUCAUCAAAGCCGGACGCAGGGUCAUCAACGAAGAGCAGGUUCUCGCUUCCCUCGAGUUGGCUAUCGUGUCGCCCUACGAUCCGCAGUUUAUUCUCGGCGGUAUUAACUCCGGUCCUGGACCGCACUGGGACGUUGACGGCGACCUGGGACGAGACAUGCGUCUCCUGGCGCUCAAGUACCGCCAAUCUGCUGCUUCUGAUGAACAGGAUGGCGAGGAUGACAAGGCGGGCAGUGGAGGAGACUCUCUUUCUGCCAAGAUUGCGUCUGCCUCGUCGCGUGAUGAGGCGAUCGCUGUCGUCGGAUCUGCCGUGGCGGCCAUGUUGGCUGACAUGUUUCUCGUUUCUGUCGAAGAGGUAGACCUCAAUGACUCGCCGUCGCAGCAGGGCAUCGACUCUUUGGUGGCAGUCGAGGUGCGCAACAUGCUCUUCAGCCAGGCAGGCGCAGAGCUGUCCAUUUUCAAUAUCAUGCAGAGCCCGAGCCUGGCGCAGCUGGUGGCUGAUGUAGUCGACCGCAGCACGUUUGCCAAGUUUGCAAAGGCGUAA